UUAUUCUGUUUAUUUCAUCUUUCAUGCAGUCAACUGACAUUAGGUAACAAGAUGGCGACAGGACAACAGUGGGUUUUAGUUGAGAUGGUGCAGGCUUUUUAUGAGGCCCCAGCUUACCAUCUAAUUCUGGAAGGUAUUCUCAUUUUGUGGAUAGUAAGACUACUUUUCUCCAAAACCUACAAACUUCAGGAACGUUCUGAUCUGACAGAAAAGGAGAAAGAAGAGCUUAUUGAGGAAUGGCAACCAGAGCCCCUUGUUCCACCAAUAUCAAAAGACCACCCUGCCCUUAACAAUAAUAUUGUCUCAGGCCCUCCAACUCAUAACAUAGUGGUUAAUGGUAGAAAGUGCAUAAAUUUUGCGUCCUUCAAUUUUCUCGGAUUGCUAGACAAUGAAAGAGUUAAGAAUGUAGCUUUGGCCUCACUGAAAAAAUAUGGUGUAGGUACAUGUGGACCUAGAGGGUUUUAUGGGACAUUUGAUGUUCAUUUGGAGCUAGAGGAUAGAAUUGCAAAGUUUAUGAGAACCGAAGAGGCUAUUAUUUACUCCUAUGGAUUUGCCACGAUAGCCAGUGCCAUUCCAGCAUACUCUAAGAGAGGAGAUCUGGUGUUUGUGGAUGAAGCCGCAUGCUUUGCUAUUCAAAAAGGUUUACAAGCUUCACGCAGCAACAUAAAGUAUUUUAAGCACAAUGAUGUGGAAGACCUGGAACGGUUGCUUAAAGAACAGGAACUUGAGGACCAGAAAAAUCCGCGCAAAGCACGUGUGACCCGACGAUUUCUUGUAGUGGAAGGAUUGUACAUGAAUACUGGAUACAUUUGUCCGCUCCCAGAGCUGGUAAAGCUAAAAUAUAAAUACAAAGUGCGGAUAUUUUUGGAAGAAAGCCUCUCCUUUGGGGUUUUAGGAGAGCAUGGACGAGGUGUAACUGAACAUUUUGGAGUGAACAUUAAUGACAUUGACCUUAUAAGUGCAAAUAUGGAGAACGCCUUGGCCUCUAUUGGAGGAUUUUGCUGUGGAAGAUCCUUUGUAAUUGAUCACCAGCGUCUUUCAGGACAAGGUUAUUGUUUUUCUGCAUCUUUACCCCCAAUGCUUGCUUCUGCUGCCAUAGAAGCUCUCAACAUUAUGGAGGACAACUCAGAUAUUUUCAGGGUAUUAAGGCAAAAGUGUCAGCGAAUUCAUUGCGCAUUGCAGGGUAUCUCGGGUCUCAAAGUUGUGGGUGAUUCAUUUUGUCCAGCCAUUCACCUGGUGUUGGCAAGGAGCAGAGGAUUGCGAGAGAAUGAUGUUAAGCUGCUUCAGGAAAUUGUUGAUUACUGUAUGAAACGAGGAAUCGCAUUAACUCAAGCACAUUACUUGGAUAAGGAAGAAAAGGUUUUGCCUCUUCCAAGUGUGCGGGUAGUGACUACUAUCAAAUUAACAGAGGAAGAGUUAGACAAGGCUGCAGCGUUGAUCAAGAAAGCAGCUGAAUGCAUACUUCACUAGGAUCGCCUGAUAUUUGUGAACCAGACGUUGCACAGGUGCAGAAAUGUGCAGAAAUAGAUCACUAUCUACUGAAAAAACGGAUGACCAACUACAGUAAAUGAACUUGUCCGUUAAUAUUUGGUUAAAAUUAUGGAAACUGCACGAAUGAAGUUGAAUGCAUUUGUCUUGCAAAUGUGUACAAAAAAAUAAGUGAUUCAAAAUGUGGUCCCCUAAGAUCAAGAAAUCUUUCAAUCUUAUGGUUUCUUAUUCAGGAUUUUCUCUAGAUUUUGUAAUAAAUGUAUUUUUGCAACAUAAGUGUGCCUGAAGUAAUGAGCUGUAAAGAAAUUCUAAAGGAUUUUGUUGAUAAAUUUCAUUUAAAUAAGAAUGUGGUGUAAAAAUUUAACUUUGUACAGGAAGUUAAAUUGCCUACUUCAAUGACUGUUUGCUAAUUAUACUAAUCUAUUUUUCAUACCCCUCAAAUGGGAAUUUCACUUUUGAUUGCAACACAUUUAGAGGAUGUGUUGAUAUUGGUGUGCAUGUGUUUUCUAUGUUACUAAUUGUUUCAAGUGGCUGAAGAAGGUUUGCUAAUCAAUCUUUCUUUUAGGUUAAAAAAAACGCUUAACUGUAAUAAAUUUAUUUUAAAUGUGAUAGCAUGCGUCAUCUUAUUUGGAAUUAGUUGUUUUGGGAGGAGUUGGACGAUUGUUAAUGACUGGCAAAAUCAUCUAAUGCUACUUGUUCAAACUUAUUCAGUUUUCACAUUACUUUUAAAAUGUGGAAUUCUUUAUUUGAUGACACCUUGCAGGAAUUUGAACAAUAAAUGCAGAUUUGUAUGUGAUAUGACUUAAUGCUAUCAUCAAAAUUGUUUUGUAUUAACAAACAUAGGAAAUACAGCAAAGUGAUAUUUUUGCCCUCAAAUUUAUAAAUUGAUUUUAGUUUUCCAAAUAAAUUGCUUUCAUGUCCAUUUUUAUACUUGGUUACAGGAUUUGUAGCACUAAAAGAAUUGUAAGGUUUUUUAGAUGUUUAUUAAUGCAAAACAUUUGAUGUAAAGCUAUUUUAAAAAUUACUCAAGGAAGGGAAAAUGGUACUUUAAAAGUAUUCUGCACUUUUGGUGAUUAGGGGGGUUAUUUUUGUAAUCUGUGCUGUUUACUGUUAAGUUUAGUGCAUUACUUUAUCCAGGACUUAAAAACGUCAAGUCUUUCUUGCUUUGAUUUUUUUUUCCCUGAAAAGCAGGGGCUUGUCAGUUUACAGAUGCAUUUGUUAUAUAUCUCUAGUUUAUAACUGCAAUAUUCACAUCAUGCAAAAAUUGCACAACAUUUAGCCAGAUAUGUAAUAGUAUGUGAUACUGUUUUCAUUGGAGUUAAACUGCAGUCACCAUUCUCAUCUCAGUUGACUUUGCCAGCUGCAUAAUAAAACCAAAAAUCGCAAGUAUGGAUGUUUUACCUAUUAUCAAAAUGUGUACCACAAUAAAAUUUUAUACUGA